ACAUCCAGCAUCCCCAGACCACUGGAGAGACCUCCGAGAAGACGCGAAGAUUGUUUUUAUUUUUUAGAUUAAAAGCCUAAUAUUUUAUUGGAAUCUAGGCUUGCUGACUAUCUUAAUAUUAAAUAAUUUUCUUUGGGGUGGCUGAUUUUGCAUCUCCUUGAUGCGCAGUUUAUCAAGGAUAAACCCAGACAGCCAUUACUGCGGCUCUUGUUUUGCCAAAGCAUCGUGGAGGAGAGCAGAUUCCUGCUUUGCCGUGGCAGAGCUCUCAUCUAUCCAGACUCCAUUUUUAUUUAAACAGAGCACCAACCUAAAUUUGGAUGUCUAACACAGAUUGAACUAGUCUCAGAAAGCAGUGGGGCUCCAGUCUGGCACCUUCUUUAGCUGACCCCUAACCUUGAGAUUCUGAAAACCCACUCCUGGCACCAUGGGAACUGUGCUAUCUCUUUCACCCAGCUACAGGAAGGCCGCCCUGUUUGAAGAUGGCCCGGCCACCGUGGGUCACUACACGGCAGUUCAGAACAGCAAGAACGCCAAAGACAAGAAUCUUAAACGGCACCCACUCAUCAACGUACUGCCUUGGAAACGAAUAGUAGCCGUCUCCACCAAGAAAAAGGGGUCUAAGAAGGUGCAGCCUAAUGCCGGCUACCAGAACAAUGUUUCUCACCUCAACAAUGAGAACCUCAAGAAGUCGCAGUCUUGUGCAAAUCUCUCCUCCUUUACACAGGACCAGUCGAGUCCAUCAAAUCAAGGCUCCAAAAACUCCAACAACACAGCUUCAUCGGUCAAGAAGGUGCCUCUUUCCAACUCUAACAUUGUUCCCGGGACACCCAAGAGGGUGAUAGUCCAAGCCUCCACCAGCGAGCUGCUGCGCUGUUUGGGAGAGUUCCUCUGCCGGAGAUGCUAUCGACUCAAGCACCUUACUCCCACCGACCCCGUGCUGUGGCUCCGUAGCGUGGAUCGUUCUCUGCUGCUGCAGGGCUGGCAGGACCAGGGCUUCAUUACUCCAGCCAAUGUGGUUUUCGUCUACAUGCUCUGCCGUGACGUGGUCUCCUCUGAAGUGGCUACGGAGCAUGAGCUGCAGGCCGUGCUGCUGACCUGCCUCUACCUGUCUUACUCUUACAUGGGCAAUGAGAUUUCCUACCCUCUCAAGCCGUUCCUGGUGGAGACCUCCAAGGAGACAUUCUGGGACCGCUGCCUGUCCAUCAUCAACAUGAUGAGUGCCAAGAUGCUGCAGAUCAACUCGGAUCCUCACUAUUUCACCCAGGUCUUUGCAGACCUCAAAAAUGAGAGCCAGAAGGAAGAGGAGAGGAGUCGUCUGCUCAUUGGCCUGGACCGGUGAGGGGGCUUUAGUUUAUGUCUUUGGUGGCACUCUCGUCUGGCAUUUUUUAAAGUGAUAGUUCACCCAAAAAUGAAAAUUCUGAGAAAUCUAUUCACCCUGAUGUUUUUCCAAACCUGCAUGCCAUUCUUUCCUCUGUGGAACACAAAAGAAGAAGACAUUUUGAAAAAUGUCUCUGUGUAUCUUAGUCCAGGAUCAAUGGGGUCCAACAGGUUGUUUAACUCUCAUUGUAGGCUCUUAAAAAUAAAGGUUCCAAGUGGGGAUUUUAACAGUGAUACCAUAGAAGAACCAUUUUUGGUUCCCUAAAGAACCUUUCAGUUCUUAAAGAACCAUUUU